AUGAUUUCAACAAUCGGCACAACAACAAUUCAAACUACAGCACCAAACUCGUUAGUCAUGAAUCCAACAUCUAUGUUAGUAGAGAUGAAAAGCUUCAUUCCUUCUUCAUAUACUUUCGAAACAAAAAUCCAGAAGAUAAAGCAAGAACUUUUAACAAGUAAUUUAGACUGUAGUGCGAAAGAUGAAACAAAUGAACAGUAUCUUUAUGAAAUGCAGGACAUUAUUGACCAUUUACCCAAAUUGCCUGAAAUCCAACAACAAAAACUAACUAUUCCUGAAUUCGACGAAAUUGAAGUCAAAACAACUGACUCAGUAGAAAUAAAGAAGUUCAUACGUAAAGUAAAUUAUGAAUUCCUUGGUUUUCAUUGCAACCAUAAAGUUAUGGACAAAGAUUGCGACAUGGUUUAUAAGAAUGUUUCUGACAUAUAUAAAUCUGAAGAAUUUAAGACCUACGAUAACUUUGUUUCGUUAGUUGCUGAAUGUGUUUGGGAAAUAAGAGAUAAAGAUAGAAGAGGCAAAGUAUGGAACGAACAACUAAGACCCGCUAUGUUUGAGAUGAAGAGAGCAAUUGACGCCUUAGUUG